AAAUGUCAAAACUUUUUAAAUUAUUUUGCGCGUGUUGUUUAAAGUCAAAUAAAUUAUAAAAAUAUGAAGUAAAAGUUUUAUUCAAUAAAAAUGGGUCGUAAAAUUCCAGCAAAGAAACACCGCGGUGUAAAAGAUCCUCUAGUUCAACAGGCGAGGCGCUUGCAAAGUUUGAAAGGCAAAAUAAAUGCACCUCCAAAGGAUCCUGAUGAGCAGCCUGUCCCACAGUCACUGACGAGGCUGUUUGCAUUCCAACACAAGGACAAAAAUAAAAAGAAGAAAGUCCCAAAAGUGUCAUCUGCUGAUAAUAUAACUCAGUCAAAUGGGGACAACCCAGUGUCAAAGCUGAGGAAGUUGCCAGGGGAGUCAGGGCGAGACUUCUCCCUCAGAAUCAACAGUGCAGUUAGAGCACUGCACCAUCCUCUAGAGCAGCAGGAUUAUCCAGACGACAUGGAGGCCGAUGACAUGAAGGGGGAACGGAUGCGCGCACAACGGGAGCGCAGAAAGCGCAAGCGCGGCGCGGGCGCUGUCGACGCCGACACGGAGCGCGCCAAGCACCGCCUCACGCUCAAGAAGCAGGCGCAGAAGGAGAAGGCUGCUGAGGAGGCGGCAUGGGCGGGUCGCGUGCAGGCGCAGUACGAGCGCGUGCAGUUCGGCGACGUGGCGCACGCGCCGCCCGCCCUGCGUGCGCCUAGACACGCGCGCCCCACUACCAAGCCGGCGCGGCGCGGGCUCCUGCUGUCAGCCAUGCUAGGGGGCGCGGGGGCGGCGGAGCGCGCGGGGGAGGCGCAGGAGCGCGCGCGCCUCGACGCCGUCGCCGCCUACCGCGCGCUCAAGAAGGAGCGCCGGCUGCAGGACAAUGCUAAGAAGAAACCGCACAAGUGACCAAAUGGACAAACCUAUCAGAAAACCGCAUAAGUGAUCUGUAGGACAAUCAAUGCUAAAAGAAAACCACUUAAGUGACCUUAGGACAAAACUAACUAAAUAAGACAUAAGUGACCUACAGGACAGUUGAUGUUUACUGAAAGCCACGUAAGUCACCUUAGGACAAAGCUAACAAAAAUACGUAAGUGACCUAUAGGAGAAUUGAUGUUGAUGUUAAAUAUAAAACCACCUUGACGUCAACAAAGUCAAUGCAAACGCAAAAGCCACAUAAAUAAAUCAAA